UCUACCAGGGAUACAGCAACACCCUGGACUCAUGUCAGGGUCAGUGGGGAUUUGGAACAGACAAUAGUUUCUCCUGUCAGUGUAACCCGUCCUAUUAGCGCUACGGAGACUUGUUCUGACUACACUGAAAUGUGGAAACGUGACGGAAGAGGUGGAGGUAGUGUGAUCACUGAUGCUGAGAUCAAGGCUCUCUCUGAGACACUCUAUGCUCUGGAUUCAAACAAGGCUACAGCCUCAGAGUUGGUCAUUGACCCUCAGGCUCUGGUGCCAGGCUCUCAGACGAGCUCCAAAGACGAUCUUUCCGCUGCACCCUUAUUCCAGUACCUGAAUGAGGAGGCUCUGUUCUCCAGACCCACCUACGCUGCUCUCCUGGCUCUGCUGGACAACUAUAACAGGAUGACUGGACAGACAGAGGACUUCAGUCCUCAGCAGCUGGCUGAGCAGGACGUCUUCCUCAAGGAGACCAUGUCCAACACUGAGCUGGGCAGAGAGCUGUUUGCUUUUCUCUUCACAAAAGGCAUCUACGCAUCAGAGGAAGAGUUCAUUCAGGACCUGAAGAUGAUGUGGUUUGGUCUGUACUCCCGCAGCAACAAGAUGGACUCCAGCGGCUUUGAACACAUCUUUGCAGGAGAGGUCAAGGGAGGAAAGGUGUCUGGUUUCCACAACUGGAUUCGCUUUUAUCUUCUCGAGAAGAAAGGACAACUGAACUACUACAGCCACAGCUUUGAUGGACCUUGGGCUACCUACCCUGAUGUCAUGGGGAUGCAGUUCAUGUGGGAGGGCUACUACAAGCAGGUUGGCUCUGCAGUCAUUGGCUGCAGCCCUGAAUUUGACUUUGCCUUAUACAGCCUCUGCUACAUCACUCGCCCUGGAAAACAGUGUCAUCUGAGCCUAGGUGGGAAGAAGCUCAUUAUCCAAACGUACACAUGGGAUAACUCUUUCUAUGGUGAUGGGAAGAAGUACAUUGGAUCUGCCUUCCCUGCAACCCCUUAGAACUGAAGCCACUAUCUGCUAAAUAAUAAGCAACACACAGAGGAGUGUGCUUGUGUUGCAUUACACUCAUGAAUUGAAUAAUAAUAACAGGAGCACUUCUCUUAGUGAGAGGUAUUCAUACAUUUAAUUAAACAUGUCAGUUUCAAAGUUUAAAAAAACAUGUGGUGAUGUAAAAGAAAAAAACCCGCUUUUUUUCAUUCCCAAAAUGUUUCUGUAAAGCAGGAAUAAAAGGAAAAA